AAUAAAUGAAAAAUUGACAACAUCUUUAACUUCCAAAUUGAACUACCUCGAAUUUUUUUCUACUAAAUCAGGAAUCACACUCAUAUUAUUUUGUCUUCAUUACAAAACUUCGCCUCAAUUCAUUUCAUUUUUUUAAAAAUAAUGAUUAUCAUUAUUAAUUAUAACCAAUAAUUAACAAAAAUCGACAAAAACAACAAACUUGAAUCCUGUUCUCACAAAUUAAAACGUCUCGAUGUUACCUUACCGUUAUCAUAAUUUCGGUAAUCUACCAUUGAAUACGUUUCUUGAAGGAUUAGAUGCACGACAACCAACUAUAAGUAAUUUUAUCCAUCCACAAUCAACUGAUCAUCUUAACCAUCAUCCUCAUCAUCAACAACAACAACAAUCGCAUCAACAGCAGCCACAACAUUUAAAUUCACCUGAUCCAAAUAAUAAUAAUAAUAAUACGACAUCACAUCGUAAUUCACCGAAAACAAAAUCAUCAUCAAAUCGUUCAACAUUAUCAAUUAAUGAAAUGGCUGCUAAUCUAACACCAACAUUAUUAUCGGCAUCGUCGAUACCAUUUUCACAGGCUCAACAACAACAGUUGCAAAAUUCACAUCAAGUAGUAUCAAGUGCAGCGAUUCAACAACAAUUAGUUCAACAGCAACAACAACAACAGCAGCAGCAACAACAACAACAACAAACCAGUACGAAUAAUCGUUCAAGAGUAAAGAAUCGUUCGGCAAAUAAUCAUUCAACAACAAAUCAUACAAAUAUUGGUGGUUUGAAUGGUCUGGUAACGGGUAAUAUACAACCAGCUCAACAUAUUUUUGGUACUUCGGUUGCUUUUCCUGGAAAUCCAUUACAAUCGGCUGCUGCUGCUGCGGCAGCUGCUGGUAUUCAGAAUCAGAAUUUUCAUAAUCAACAACAACAACAUCAGACAGCGACCAAUAACAAUAGACUUAAUCAACAGAUGCAACAACAACAACAUUCAUCAGCUACUGGACAACAACAACAAACUGUUUUGUUACCAUUGGAAAUUAAUCCGGGACAAAAUAGAAAUUUGAUCGCUACAAAUAAUAAUAAUAGCGGUAAUAAUAGUACUGCAAGUAGUGGCGCCAAUGUAAUUACAUCGAAUAGUGCGGCUGCUGUUGCCGCAGCCGUUGCUGUUGCUCAUCCACAAUAUACUCAAUACAUUACCUCAUGGCCAUGUCCAGCUUGUAAAAUUGCAUUCCGAUCUGCAAAUGAAUUACAAACUCAUUUGAGUGCUCAUUUUGUGCCGUCCCAAAAGCAAUCAUUAUUACAAAAUCAGAAUCCAUUGAUAGUAGCUAGUUCAAAUCAAAUUACCAACAACAAUAAUUCAUUUAACAAAACAACAAAUCAACCUUCGAAAGAAGAUCAAAGUAUUCAUAUGAAAAAGGAUAAAUCUGUACCAUGCAAUGAAUGUGGAAAAUUAUUCGCUAAUGCCGAAAGAGUUCGUGUUCACGUUAGAGUUGCACACGGUGAGAAAACUUGUUCUUGUGCGAUUUGUGGCUGUGGCUUUUCAUAUCGCUGCAAGCUAUUAAAUCAUAUGAGAACCCAUACAGGUGACAAACCAUUCACUUGUGAAGUAUGUGGCCGUUCAUUUUCACAAAAAAAUCAUUUAAAACGACAUCAUAUGAUACAUACCGGUGAAAGGCCAUUUCCAUGUGAAAUUUGUGGACGUAGUUUUUAUCGUAAAGAUAAACUAACUCGACAUCUUCGUAUUCAUACAAAUCCAAGUCCUGGACGUGGUCGCAAUGCUAAAAUGCCGGCAACAACAGUAGUUGGAGCUAAUCAAUCGGCUGCUGUUAAUACAGCAAUGAAAUUACCAAUGACAACACAAUCAUUAACAUCAUUACCAGCAUCGGCUAUUCAAUUGUUACCAGUUACAAUGACACAGAUAAAAACAUCAACCAAUAGUCCUAUUGGUGGUGUCCAUCCUACAUGGGUAACACAGCUACAAUCAUCAUCAAAUAAUCGUCAACAACAAAACAAUCAGGAUAAUGGCAUAAAUAAAUCUAAUGAUGAUUCACAGCAGCAGCAGCAACAACAACAACAACAACAGCCCUCCAAUUUGAUGUUAAAACAGGAACAGAUGUAAGAAAAAAGAAUGGAAAUAAUGUUUUCUUCAUUUUUGAUUGAAAUGGUCAUUUUGCGUUCAUUGAAUUCGUUUUCAUCGUUUAAUUCUUCUAUCUUUCAAACAAAAAACAAAACAAAAUUUAUUCAAAAACAAAAUUUGCGAUUUAGUGCCAUUUGAAACUCAUAUAUAUUUUCGAUAUAUAUCUAUUCAAUUCUAACCUCAAAACUAAAAAAUUAACUCAGUGGAAAACAAAACAAACAACAAAAAUGUUUACCUCUAACCUUUUUCUUUAUUAUUAUUUUGACAAUUUUUCUUCUUCUCAUCAUUAUCAUCAACGUUGUCUUCUUCAUUGAAAUCCAGAAACUUAAACUUUGUGUUCUUAUAUAUUACUCUCUAAUGUUUUUUUUUGCCUCUUUUUUCUUUAACGGGUGUUUUUCUUCCUUCAUUUUUCUUUCGAAGAAAACAAUCAUCAAAAUAAACAAACAAAAAAUUUGUUCACACA